UAAACAAAAAUCUUGAUGGUAAUUGUAUCUUUUAUCGAUAGGCCGCAAUACCAGAUAGAUAAACGUAGCAUGGGUAGCCAUCAUGGUCAACGAGUAAUGGUCAGAACGUGCAAUGGUCUCGAAUUGCGGGAUCCGUCACUUUUUGUAGAGACUUCAGCCUCGGAGCUGGUUGAAUCUUCCGUUUUGUUCCCGAGUCUCGAUUCGCGGGACGAAUUACACCCUCGGGAAUUAGAAGCUGUGAAUUUAGGAAGUGCAUGUCGCAUUCACGGUUCACCAGCGACCACGGCUGCUCCUCCACCGCAACUGCCGACCGAGGAGAGCGUGGACGCUCUCUGUAACACUCUUCAUCAUUGGCAUCACUGCCCAGAAAUAUAUAAAGCUAUCGAAGGCAUUCGUUUCAUUGCUGAUCAUACGAAAAGAGAAGAGGACUCUACCAGAGUCAAGGAAGAUUGGAAAUACGUCGCGAUGGUGCUUGACAGGCUAUUCCUCUGGAUUUUUACAUUAGCCGUAGUCGUCGGUACGGCAGGAAUUAUUCUACAGGCACCAACGCUUUAUGACGAUCGCAUUCCCAUUGACGUACGACUGUCCGAGAUCGCUUCCACCACUGCCAAGCCACACAUCGUUACGAGCCUCUGAAAAACAAUUGUUCAAUUUCGUUAUCUUCACGUACAACGCAUACUCACAUACAUAU